AUGGCACAUUCAAGCAGACAACCAUCUCCCAGCGGGGCAACUUCCACACCCGAGGACAUCGAAAAACACCCGGCACCACCCACCGAGUCAUCGGCAUCAGCACCAGCUGCAACCCAGGCACCACCAACAGUACAAAGCUACAUAUCUACAUUCUGGUCCCGUCUCGCAUCAUGGGGCGUCGAGCUACGAGGCAUCGUUCCCGUCGACCUCAAGGACCGGACAGAUAGGAAUGUAUUCAGCUUAUUCGUCCUCUGGUUCACUAUCAGCUGCAACCUGCUACCCGUUAUAACGGGCAUGGUAGGCACGUUGAGUUUAAAAUUGAGCUUGCGCGACGCUUCGCUGGUGAUUAUCUUCUUCAACUUACUAUGCACUGUUCCGCCCGCAUACCUUUCCGUCUUUGGACCGAAGACCGGCAUGCGGCAAAUGAUACACGCCCGCUAUAGCUAUGGGUUAUAUCUAGUUAACAUCGUGGUGCUGCUAAACAUGUCAACCAUGUCGGGCUUCACCAUCAUAAACUGCGUGAUAGGUGGACAAACUCUCUCAGCUAUCAAUGGCGAUCUAAGCGUAAACGUCGGCAUUGUUAUCGUAGCAUGCGUGGCACUGUUUAUUUCGUUCUUCGGGUAUCGGGUUCUAUACCACUAUGAGAAAUGGGCCUGGAUACCCACGCUGAUCUCGCUGGUGAUCGCCACGGGCUGUGGAGGGAAGUAUCUCGCCAACCAACAUACUCCACCACCAGCAACAGCGGUACCCAUCUUAUCAUUCGGAGGCCUCCUGGCGGGUUUCCUUAUCCCCUGGGCAGCGCUGAGCUCAGAUUACUGCGCUUACUUCCACCCAAGCGUGAACUCAAAACACGUCUUUGCAGCCGUAUACGCCGGCCUCUGUCUACCCAAUAUACCCCUAAUGAUCCUCGGCGCAGCAAUAGGCGGCGCAGUACCCAACAUACCCAGCUGGUCUACCGCCUAUGAAACUGGUUCGGUCGGAGGGAUACUCGCAGCCAUGCUCUCUUCCGCAGGCGGAUUCGGCAAAUUCAUCAUCGUCCUGCUCACCUUCUCUACCCUCGGCAACAUCGCUGCAAGCAUAUACAGCAUCUCACUAAACUUCCAGCUUCUACUACCUGUACUAGUCCGCGUACCACGCGCCAUCUUCGCUAUAGUGUUUAUAGCAAUAGUGAUACCGGUAUCGAUUCGAGCGGCGGUAAGUUUCUUUGUCUCGCUUGAGAAUUUCGCUGCCGUCAUAUCAUAUUGGUCUGCUACGUUUGUAGCCAUCAUCGCUAUCGAGCAUGUCAUUUUCAGGAAAGGCGAUUACGCCUCGUAUGAUGCUGAGAUCUGGAAUAAUGCCGCUGCCUUGCCGAGUGGUGUGGCUGCUAUAGCUGCUGGUGCGCUUUCGUUUGCGCUCGUAGUGCCGUGUAUGUUGCAGACUUGGUUCCAGGGCCCGAUUGCGAAGGUUACGGGAGAUAUUGGAUUUGAAGUUGCCAUGGUUUUAAGUGGGAUUUUAUACCUGCCCUUGCGAGCGUUGGAGAUUAGGGUUCGGAAAAGGAUAUAG